AAACAGACCAUUAAGGAGAAAGAAUCGUGAUGACCCUGAGAAGGGAAAUUGUGUUCUCAGUGAAGUUACGCGCAUACAAAUUCAUCGAUGGGUCUUGUUUCAUACAAGGGCAGUCACGCCAUUUCUCAAAUAUAGAACAUCUUACUGCCAUUAAACAACAAUUUCCGGAUGCAGAUGACCAUUAUGUUCAACGUGUUCAUUUUGAUGAGUUUGCGAACUGGUUUAAGGAUCAUGUUAUAACUCUGCAAAACACAAGUGAUAUCUUGUUAUCAGAAGAAAUUAUUGCCUUGUCUAGUCCUCCUAGUCCUUCAGCAACUAAGGUGACCAUGAAGAAAAGGAAGGUUGGGAGACCACGCACUAUGUCUGAGUUUUUGACUUCAAUCAUCCUAUAG